AUGCAUAGUGUGACCUGGUGCUGCAAUUCUCAUACUCUAUUGAAAGCUACAGAUCGCGUUUACUUGGUAGAUACGUUAGUAGGCGAUCCAGAGUUUCUGCAAGCAGAUGCUGAAAUAUACUAUGAGAAACUCUUCAAGAAAUCAUCAUCCGCUCCUGACGUUUUUUCCCUCCCUGGAGGAGAAAAGGUUAAACUUGAAGAUUCCUGUGUGUGUUUUGUCCCUCUCUACCGAAAUAAUGCUACUUGCAAAAUGUUGCUGUUAACUGAUCCACAGGAUAAAGAGACAGUUUUGGCAGUUUAUUUGAACCAGUCUUGGUGGCCUAUUGAAGAUGUAGUAAAGACAGCUGAUCCUUCUAGAGAUGGGCUAAUUUCGGUCCAGACAUUUGGAGAAAGGAUUGUCCUCUUUGUUCUGAACUACAUUAUUUUUGGAAUGCUGGAAGGGAGUUCAGCUAAUGAUGCAUUCUUUCUACCUCACUCUGCCACUGAGUGUGCCAAAAUACUCUGGAGAGAUGGUGAGGCUGUUGCCUUUUAUACAGUCAAGAUGAAAGGGAGCCUUUGUGAUGGUGCUACCAGUCAGUGUUAUUUGCUGCCAGUUUUGGAUACUAUAUUUGUCCAGAGAAAGUACAGAAGAAGUGGCCUAGGGAUGAAAAUGUUACAUGAUUUCUGUCAGUCUUUUGUGGCUGAGGAUGCCUUGGGGAUCAGCUGCCCUAUUUCUGCUGCCAUGUAUCAAGUUUGCCAGAAAUUCUUGCAGACUUAUCCUGAGGAGCAGAAGCGACUGUGGGAGGUGGAAGCACCAGGAGACUGGAGCCAACGAGUGAAUAUCUGGUUAAAAAUUCAGAUGGAGUCAGCCUUUUCAGGAACUGCUCACCUUAUUUCUCCAGAGGAUGAAGAGGGCUGUCAGGUUGAAUAUGCUCAAAACAGUAAGCCCGGACAAUCGGAUGCAGGCCAGAUUAAGAAGGGCACUGAAUACGUUCCUGAUGUUGGAAAAGUAGCAGGAGAUGCCACAGAAAAUAAAGAUGAAGCAGUAGCAGCAAGGAUUCUAAACCCGCGGGGUCCUGAACGAGAGGACCUAGAACAAGGUGCCGACGAUACUCAACAAUGCAAAGGAUUCAGAGAAAGAGCAGACCCUGGGGGCUUAGUUGGAGACAAGGCCAGCAAACAGCUCAGAAUUAUACCAUAACUCCAGUCUCAAAAAAGAGCAAAAUCACUGUGCAGUCUUAAAAAAUUAUAACUGACUGUUCAUAAUUUGUAACACCAGAGAGAUUUCUUCAGGUAAGAUAAAAUUUUUUUUGCAGGGCACGUGUUCCCCAUCUUGUGUGCUGUUU